UUUGGUAAGCACGUUAUGUGAUUGGCCAACGAUACCGUCAUUCAAUAACGAAGCAUUGCGUCAGGAAGACACGUAACGAGGAGACAAAUAUGGCGGCCCUGCUGAGGGGUACUCUGUACCUAGUUGGAAGGCGGUGCAAGAAUGUUCACUUGGCGAUUGCCUCCACGAGGUCCAUGGCCUCCAAGACACAGGUGGGCUUUAUUGGCCUUGGAAAUAUGGGAAAUCCAAUGGCCAAGAAUUUGCUGAAGAACGGAUACCCAGUCAUAGCCACAGAUGUCUUCCCGGAGUCCUGCAAAGAAGUUCAAGAGCUGGGUGCCCAGAUUGUCGAUAAUCCUGCCGAGGUCGCGGAAAAAGCCGACCGCAUCAUCACCAUGCUUCCCUCGAAUCCCAAUGUUAUUGACGCGUAUACCGGAGCCAAUGGGAUUCUCAAGAAAGUGAAGAAAGGCUCCUUGCUCAUCGACUCCAGUACAAUCGACCCAGCCGUCUCAAAAGAGAUGGCGGCGGCUGCGGAGAAGAUGGGAGCGGUUUUUAUGGACGCACCUGUGUCAGGAGGUGUGGGUGCCGCCAAUUUAGGGAAGCUGACGUUUAUGGUGGGAGGAGCCCAGGAAGAGUUUACGGCUGCCAAAGAGCUUCUAAGCUGCAUGGGAGCCAACGUGGUUUACUGUGGUCAGGUUGGAACUGGACAGGCCGCUAAAAUCUGUAACAACAUGCUGCUCGCUAUCGGAAUGAUCGGAACCGCCGAAACAAUGAAUUUGGGAGUCAGACUCGGUCUUGAUCCAAAACUCUUGGCCAAGAUCCUGAACAUGAGUUCGGGCCGUUGCUGGUCCAGCGACACCUACAAUCCCGUCCCCGGAGUGAUGGAGGGAGUCCCGUCGGCGAAUAACUACCAGGGCGGCUUCGGCACGCAGCUCAUGGCCAAGGAUCUCGGUCUGGCCCAGAACACAGCCACCAACACGAAGACCCCCAUACCGCUCGGCUCCUUAGCCCAUCAGAUGUACCGGAUGAUGUGCGCCCGCGGUUACGCCAGUAAAGAUUUCUCCUCCGUGUUCCAGUUCUUGCGCGAGGAGGAGGGACAGCAGUGAGGCGCCCCCUCCUCUCCGUCCCGCGCGAGCCUUACCUUAAGCGGAUCAGUCGCCGCACAGGACCGCUUCGGCGUCGUAGUCGUUCGGGGGUGCCCCACGAGGACUCUUCCAAAGUUAUCGGAGACGAGACACGAGGUCCCAAAACAACGUUUUUACGCGACAACGCAACACUCCUCUCCCUAUCGGAGGUUUUUCUGUCCGACAUGCAGAGCGUUGAAAAGGUUUAGGGUUGUCCCAACAGUAGGACUUACAACACAACGCGUGUCAAGCGGGGAGUUUAGUUACAGAAUGAGACUUUGUUUUCACGUUUGCAAUCGUUUUAUGUUCCUCUUUUCUCUAUUCAUCGGUAAUGUGAAAUUUGUAUGAUUGUCACAUGAUAGCUUGCAAAGUAAUAAAGACGAUGACCUGUCUCCAA